UGGUAAGGUAGAUGGAGAGGAAAUAGCAGGAAGUGGAUUGCAGUUUACUACAGCUAAUCAACUAAAUGGUUUGAAUAAUAAGCUUGUCUCCCAAAUUACUUGCGAACGAAAGUCUCAUGCCGAUCUUAAUGCCAAGCAGUUAAAAGAAAUAGAAUCAUUAAGGUCUAUGGUUAAAUCACUGGAAAGCAUAAUAUCUUCGAUGCAAAAAGCUUCAUCUUUGAAGGAUUCUGAUAUCGCCUCUCUUAAGACAAAAAUAAAUGAACUAGAGGUUGAGUUAGAACAAAUUACGCAAAAAGUUUUAUUAAAAGAUUCUGAUACUAAUCAGUCUAGAGUAAGUAAUCUGGAAGAUGAACUAGAUCAGAUUGUUUCGCAACCGCAUCAGUCAAUUAAUGAUUCAAAAAUAGGUAGUGCAGAAGCAGAUCCAGUUUCAUCAUCCAAUGAUUAUAAGCGAGGUGAAGUAGUAAAAGAGGUAUUCCAUUUUUCUUCACACUGCUUAGAGUCUGAACCUGAUGAAAGAAAAGUAAAAGAUGAGAUAGGGACUCAAAGAGACCAUCUUCAUGUUGAUCAAAAAUCAAAAGAAAAACAUGAUAGUAUCUUAGCCUCGCCCAUUAUUGUAUUAGGAGCUGGUAAGGCUUUAGUUGAUAAUCACUAA